ACGGCAAGGACGACGCAUCUCCUUCUCGGCUGGAGAUGGAUCUGGUCCGGUGAUUUCUGAGAUUUAAGUCGAUCGAGUUUCAGAUAUCUCUCUCAAGUGGAGAUGGCUUGGUUCAGUGGCAAAGUUUCUCUGGGAGGAUUCCCAGAUCUCACUGGCGCUGUCAAUAAAUUCCAGGAGAGCGUUAAAAACAUUGAAAAGAAUUUCGACAACGCCCUUGGCUUUGACGACAAGUCUGAUUCUGCCCCUCAAGAUGCAGCUUCAAGUAUGUGGCCACCUGCAGUUGAUACCAAAAGUCUCUUUGAUCCCGUAAUGUCCUUCAUGGGUAACACCUCUGAUGAGAAACCAGACACAUUGGAAGACUCUGUGAGUACAGAUAAUCCGUCUCAAAUUGAAGGAAAAGAAGAAGAAGGUUCGGUUAAGCUAGCUACUGAACAAAUAGUAUCUGUUGAAGCAAAGAAAGAAACAAAUGUGAUAAGAGAAGCUGAUCAAGCAGAUAAUCCUGAGGUUACAGAAACUGUUGUUUUAGAUCCCAAAGAUGAUGAACCUGAAUCGCAGAUGCUUCUCGAAGAGUCUUCUGAAUAUUCUCUUCAGACUCCUGAAUCAUCAGGUUACACGACUAGUCUUGCACCUAAUGAAAAGCCGGAAAUGACAGCUUCUCAAGAUUCACAGCCCGAGCAACCCAAAUCAGGAGAUACUGGAUCAGAGGCUGAGGAAUCACAGCCAGAGGAUGCUGGAACAAAACAAGUUACUGUAGAAGACAAAGACACAGUUUACUCCCCUGUGUUAGGUGGACUGCAUAAGAUUACUGAUACGGAUGAGACAACAAAUGAACAGGAAAUUCUGAGUGAAAAUCUGGAAGAGAGAACCUCGCCUAUAAAUGUUGAAGUUUCACCUGAUAUAAAUAAUGUAAACAGGAUAGAGUCCCCUGUUGCUCAUCCUUCUUUAUUUUUUGAGUCUGACGGUCCUCCUUAUGAGUCUUCUGUACCAAAGAGAUCUUCUUCAGAUGAAAUUUCUGAGAGAAUUGUAGAUUUUGUUUCUCAUGAACUAGAUUCAAGACUGGAUGCUAGUGAAUUAAAUGAAAGCCAGCGUUCAAGCUCUGCUACAAAUGUUUCCGACUCUGCUGAUGUUGUUCUGGAAUUAGAGAAGACCAAAAAGGAAAUAAAAAUGUUGGAAAAUGCCCUGCAAGGUGCUGCAAGGCAAGCUCAGGCAAAGGCUGAUGAGAUUGCGAAGUUGAUGCAUGAAAAUGAGCAGCUAAAAUCUGUCACUGAGGAUUUGAAGAGGAAAUCUAAUGAAGCUGAAGUCGAGUCUUUGCGAGAAGAAUACCAUCAGCGAGUUGCAACUCUUGAGAGGAAGGUUUAUGCUCUCACCAAAGAGCGGGAUACACUUAGAAGAGAACAGAAUAAGAAAAGUGAUGCUGCGGCCCUUUUGAAGGAAAAAGAUGAAAUAAUAAAUCAAGUUAUGGCUGAAGGCGAAGAGCUUUCAAAGAAACAGGCUGCUCAAGAAGCUCAGAUCAGGAAGCUAAGGGCUCAGAUUAGAGAGGCAGAAGAGGAGAAGAAAGGAUUGAUCACAAAGCUUCAGUCGGAAGAAAAUAAGGUCGAAAGCAUUAAAAGGGACAAGACAGCGACAGAAAAGCUGCUGCAAGAGACCAUAGAAAAACAUCAAGCUGAACUAACUUCUCAGAAAGACUAUUACUCAAACGCAUUAGCUGCAGCAAAGGAAGCUCAAGCAUUAGCUGAGGAACGCACCAACAAUGAAGCAAGAUCAGAGUUAGAGAAUCGUCUAAAGGAGGCUGGAGAGCGGGAAUCUAUGCUAGUCCAGGCGCUGGAAGAAUUGAGGCAAACCUUAAGCAAAAAGGAGCAACAGGCAGUGUCUAGGGAAGACAGGUUCCGCGGAGAAAUUGAGGACCUUCAAAGACGUUAUCAGGCUAGUGAGCGAAGGUGUGAGGAAUUAAUUACACAGGUUCCUGAGUCUACAAGGCCUCUCCUAAGGCAGAUUGAGGCUAUACAGGAAACUACAGCCAGAAGAGCAGAAGCUUGGGCUGCUGUAGAAAGAAGUCUGAAUGCUCGAUUGCAGGAAGCAGAAACUAAAGCUGCAAUAGCUGAAGAACGAGAGCGCUCUGUAAAUGAACGCCUCUCUCAAACCUUAUCAAGGAUCAAUGUUCUAGAGGCCCAGCUUUCAUGUCUCAGAGCAGAACAGGGCCAGUUAAGCAAGUCCCUUGAGAAAGAGAGGCAGAGAGCAGCAGAGAAUAGACAGGAGUAUCUGGCAGCUAAGGAGGAAGCAGAUACCCUAGAAGGUCGAGCAAACCAACUUGAAGUUGAAAUAAGGGAACUUCGGAGAAAACAUAAGCAAGAGUUGCAAGAAGUGCUGCUCCACAACGAGCUUAUUCAAAAGGACCUAGAAAGGGAGAAGGCUUCACGUUUGGAUCUUGAAAGAACAGCCCGUAUCAAUUCCUCGGCAGUCUCUGAACAGCUUCCCAUAGCGAGGCAAAAUUCUGCCUUUGAGAAUGGAGGCUUGCCAAGAAAGCUCUCAAGCGCAAGCAGCCUUGGAAGCAUGGAGGAGAGCUAUUUUCUGCAAGCUUCGCUUGAUUCUUCAGAUAAGUUUUCUGAGAAGAGAAGCAUGCCUGAGGCAACUAUGAGUCCGUACUACAUGAAGAGCAUCACACCGAGUGCUUAUGAAGCCACACUUCGACAGAAAGAGGGUGAACUUGCUUCGUACAUGUCCCGCUUGGCAUCAAUGGAGUCUAUCCGAGAUUCCCUGGCUGAAGAGCUGGUCAAAAUGACAGCAGAGUGUGAGAAACUACGAGGGGAGGCAGAUAGGGUCCCGGGCAUAAAGGCCGAGCUAGAAGCACUAAGGCAAAGACAUGCGGCUGCUCUGGAAUUGAUGGGUGAACGAGAUGAGGAGUUGGAGGAACUUCGAGCGGAUAUAGUGGACUUGAAGGAGAUGUACAGGGAGCAAGUGAACAUGCUGGUGAACAAGAUCCAAUGAGGGAGCAAGGGAAGAUGGUGGUGAACAAGUUUAGUCAAAAUGUUGGCAGACUCAGGCUCAUGAGUGUUGAACUUGAGGCUUUUUAAAACAAACUUUUGCUGCUCGAAAGAAGAAUUUCUUACAGUUUAUUCGUAAUUAUUUUGGAGACAGGAAUAAUAGAGUGCCCCUGUG